AUGCUUUCAAGAACUGAAAUAGACAAUUAUAGACAGCAACAUCCUGAUAAACCUUUGUUCGCUACUGUUCUUGAAGGUGUAAAGGGGAAAAAACUCGGUAAUUAUUCUGCAGUUGAACAUAAAUCAGCGAUGAUCGUUUCCGGCUCUGAAAUGAAUUCAAUGGGCUCUUUUUCAACUGAUGGUACGGGUUUGAUAGUGCUGCAUCUCAAAAUAUUGAAUCAUGUCCCAGACCUUAAGAUACCAACACCAGACCAUGCAAGACACUUUGUAUGCCAGAACAAGCGUCUUGCUCAUCGUCGUAGUGUUUUCCACGAAAUUGGGCAUUGCCAUGGUUUCACUAACGAACUAAUUAAUUGGAAUUCGUCAGAUCAAGGCUUGGGCACAAUAAUGGUCGAAUAUGAAAACGCAUGUGUAAGAAUGCAUUGCACAUUCGAAGGAAGAAAUAAUGGCUUAUGGAUAGACGUCAUCAGUCAAAAUCAUUCAGGUGAUGUUUUAUUUGAGAAAGAAACAUAUUUUGAUGAGAACAAUAAUUUGACAUUGGAAAAGAUUGGCUCGUUGGUUCGUCGUAUGAAUCAAUUUAUACAAGAGUAUUAUGAUACAGAAAUAGACUUGCAAAAGAAGCAGCAAUAA